UGGUGCAGCAUUCUUACCGCUCCCCGGUGCCUCCGUAGCGGCUCGCGCACUACUGCUGGGUAUAAUAUGGCGGGCAUGAGCGCUUCGGGUCCGGGUCCGGCUGCUGCCGCCGCGGGCCCCGUUCAACAGGGACUGAAGGAGGCACUCAUAGAGACGCUCACCGCGAUCCUGUCGCCGGUGCAAGAUGUCCGAGCAGCGGCGGAGGAGCAGGUCAAAGUGCUGGAAGUGACGGAGGAGUUCGGUGUGCACCUGGCUGAGCUGACGGUCGACCCCCAGGGAGCGCUCGCUAUCCGCCAGCUGGCGUCGGUCAUCUUGAAGCAGUAUGUGGAGACCCACUGGUGCUCCCAGUCUGAGAAGUUCAGACCCCCUGAAACCACUGAUCGGGCGAAGGCGGCGAUCCGGGAGCUGUUGCCGGGGGGGCUGCGGGAGGCGAUCAGUAAGGUGCGCUCGAGCGUCGCGUACGCCGUCUCGGCUAUCGCCCACUGGGAUUGGCCGGAGGCGUGGCCUCAGCUCUUCACCCUGCUGAUGGACAUGCUGAUGAGCGGAGAUAUCAACGCAGUACACGGAGCCAUGAGAGUGCUCACAGAGUUCACCCGUGAGGUUACAGACACACAGAUGCCCCUAGUUGCCCCAGUGAUUCUACCUGAGAUGUACAAGAUCUUCACAAUGGCAGAGGUGUACGGUAUCCGCACUCGCUCCCGAGCCGUGGAGAUCUUCACCACCUGUGCCAACCUCAUCUGUGCCAUCGAGGAGGUAGAGAAGGGGGCGGCGAGGGCGCUGAUCUUCCCGGUGGUGCAGCAGUUCACUGAGGCGUUCGUGCAGGCGCUUCAGAUGCCCGACGGACCCUCUUCUGACAGCGGCCUCAAGAUGGAGGUGCUCAAGGCGGUCACUGCGCUGGUGAAGAACUUCCCCAAGCCCAUGGUGUCGUCCAUGCAGCAGAUCCUGCCCAUCGUGUGGAACACACUCACCGAGAGCGCCUCCUUCUACGUGAGGACAGAGGUCAACUACACGGAGGAGGUGGACGACCCUGUGGACUCAGAUGGUGAGGUGCUGGGUUUUGAGAACCUGGUGUUCAGCAUCUUUGAGUUUGUGCACACGCUUUUGGAGAACUGCAAGUUCAAGAGCACCGUGAAGAAGGCCCUGCCCGAACUCAUCUACUAUGUCAUACUCUACAUGCAGAUCACAGAGGACCAGAUUAAGGUGUGGACGGCCAACCCUCAGCAGUUUGUGGAGGACGAGGAUGACGACACAUUCUCCUACUCAGUCAGAAUAUCAGCACAAGACCUGCUGCUGGCAGUAGCAGCGGAGUUCCAGAAUGAGAGCGCGGCUGCUCUUGCUGCUGCAGCAACCAGACACCUACAGGAGGCAGAACAGGCCAGAAGCAGCGGAAAUGAGCACUGGUGGAAGGUCCAUGAGGCGUGUAUGUUGGCGCUGGGCUCGGUGAAGACCAUCAUCACAGAGAAUGUGAAGAACGGACGCGUGCAGUUCGACAUGCACGGAUUCCUCGCCAGCGUCAUUCUGGCCGACCUCAACCUGCCAGCCGCGUCUCCGUUCCUGCUGGGCCGUGCCCUGUGGGCUGCGUCGCGCUUCACGGCGGCGAUGUCUCCGGAGCUCAUCCAGCAGUUCCUGCAGGCCACCGUGUCCGGCCUCCACGAGAGCCAGCCGGCCUCCGUCCGCAUCUCCGCCGUGCGCGCCAUCUGGGGGUACUGUGACCAGCUGAAGCUGUCGGAGAGCACACAUGUGCUGCAGCCGUACCUGCCCAACGUGCUGGAGGGACUCGUGCAGCUGGCCGCCCAGUUCAGCUCCGAGGUGCUCACCCUCGUCAUGGAAACGCUCUGCAUCGUCUGCACCGUCGACCCCGCCUUCACCACCAGCGCCGAGAGCAAGAUCUGCCCGCUGACCAUCGCCAUCUUCCUCAAGUACAGCAACGACCCUGUGGUGGCGUCGCUGGCGCUGGACAUCUUUAAGGAGCUGUGCCAGGUGGAGGCGUGCCAGGAGCCCAUGCAGAUGCGGCUGAUCCCCACACUGGUCAGCAUCAUGCAGGCGCCCGCGGACAAGAUCCCCGCCGGACUCUGCGCGACGGCGAUUGAUAUCCUGACGACGGUGGUGCGGAACACAGCGCCCCCUCUGUCCCAGCUGCUGGUGUGCCAGGCCUUCCCCGUGGUGGCGCAGUGCACCCUCCGCACCGACGACAACACUACCAUGCAGAACGGCGGGGAGUGCCUGCGGGCGUACGUGUCGGUGUCGCUGGAGCAGGUGGCGGGGUGGCGUGACGAGCAGGGGCACAGCGGCCUCUGGUACGUCAUGCAGGUGGUCAACCAGCUGCUGGACCCGCGCACGUCCGAGUUCACGGCCGCCUUCGUGGGCCGCCUGGUGUCCACGCUGAUCUCCCGCGCCGGCACCCAGCUGGGCGAGCAGCUGGACCAGAUCCUCAGGGCCAUCCUCAGCAAGAUGCAGCAGGCCGAGACGCUCAGCGUCAUGCAGUCCUUGAUCAUGGUGUUUGCGCACCUGGUCCACUCCCAGCUGGAGCCUCUGCUGGAGUUCCUGUGCAGUCUGCCCGGCCCCACUGGGAAACCCGCCCUGGAGUUCGUCAUGGCCGAGUGGAUGAGCCGGCAGCACCUCUUCUACGGCCAGUACGAGGGCAAAGUCAGUACGGUGGCGCUGUGUAAGCUUCUACAGCACGGCCUCAACACCAACGACAAGCGAUUGCAGGACAUCGUCGUCAAGGGAGACGAGAUCUUCGCCCCGGAGGAGGGCAUUCGCACCCGAUCCAAGUCAGCAAAAAACCCCGAGCGCUGGACCAACAUUCCGCUGCUGGUGAAGGUCUUUAAGCUGAUCGUCAACGAGCUCUCAUCCGUGCUGGAGGCCAACGCAACACGCACCUCUGCUGCCGACUGGAGUCAAGAGUCAGGAGGGAUGUGGGAGGAUCAGGAGGAGGAAGAGGAGGAGGAGGAAGAUGACGAAGGCCUGCAUGGACAGCUGCUCUCAGAUCUCAUCUCCUCCAAUAAAUAUGAUGACGAUUACUAUGACGACGAUGAUGAGGAUGAUCCGGACGCCUUAAAAGACCCCAUUUAUCAGAUCGACCUUCAGGCGUACCUGACGGACUUCCUGACCCAGUUCUCCCAGCAGCCGUGCUACAGCAUGUUCUCCGGACACCUGAACGAGGCCGAGAGGAGAGUCCUGCAAGGCAUCGGCCUGUGACACGCACACACACACACACACACACACACACACACCUCAAAAUUCCUCUUGCUCUACUCAACACACAUACACACACCCUUACAAAACUCAUACUCCUACACAACACACACACACACUCACAAAACUCCUUGUACGCUACACACACACACACACACACUCUGAGGCUACUCUGAGGCCUCUGUUUCUGCCUCUGGGGGGCGCUGUUCCUGAGGAGCGGUGUUCAGGGUACUGCAGAUGAUUGACAGCUCUCGGACUCCUCCUCUUCCUCUUCCUCUUCCUCAUUACGGACAGACCAGCACUUCCUGUGGAGUGGGGGGGCACUUCCUGGAGGAUGUGGAGUGUGUGUGGGGGGGCACUGUGAGGGCGUUAUGGGACUCUCGUGAUGAAUUCUAAAAGAGACUGGAGCUUCAGGAGGAGGGGCUUGUCCCUCUGCUCCUGGACAGGAAGUGAUGCGGUUGUGAUGGCCACGCUGUGUGUCCAGACGUCCUGUCUGCCCGUGGGAACGCAUACGCGCCCCGCUCCUCCCAUUCGGAACAUUCUGGAUCUUCUGCGGAAGACGAGAGAGACGUUUGGUCGUCAAAUGAACUCCAGACUUGUGAUGUCGGCGGCCUUAUACUGUUCAUCCGGGGAGGCGGGUCUUUGGGGUUGGACACUGUUACCGUGGUGAUGCGGAGCGCUCCGGCUGUUGUUGUACCCGCUGGAGUUUGAGAUGUACUUUUGAAAAUAAACGCCGGCCUCCGCCUCCUGGUGUGUG